AUGGGAGACCUUCAGGGAAAAGAGGCAAAGUCAUCUGCUCACCUUGAGCAACAUAUCAACACAGACAUGGAGGACUUGAAGUCAGCGCAGGUCGGAGAUCGUGUCGAUCAUGAAGUCCAAAAGUACGCAGGCAUGGGGCGAGUUGAUGUUGACGAGCCUACAUCUCGUCGUCUGAAAAAGUUGAUUGACCGCCGAGUACUUACGAUCAUGGUUGCCACGUAUCUUGUACAGGCUCUGGAUAAAGGAACUCUCAGCUUCACCAGUAUUAUGGGUAUACUUGACGAUACUCACCUCCACGGGACUCAGUACGCUUGGCUCUCGACCUGCGUUUACCUCUCAAUCCUGGUGGUCGAAUACCCCACCAACUGGAUCAUUCAACGAGUUCCCAUCGCGAAAUACCUAGGUUGCAACAUCAUAAUUUGGGGGUCGGUUCUAGCGCUGCAUUCAACUGUCAAGAGUUUUGGAGGCCUUUUGGCUUGUCGAAUUCUGCUAGGCAUUUUUGAGGCUUGUGCUCAACCAAGCUUCGUUCGCCUCUCUGGGAUGUGGUAUAAGCGUGAGGAACAGGCACAAACUGUUACUUUCUGGUAUAUGAUGAAUGGGUUUCAGCAAAUGAUCGGUGGCCUCCUGGCCUACCUAUUUAGUCUUAUUGGCUCCGAUAAGGUCAUUAAGUCAUGGCAAGCUCUUUUUAUUACCUAUGGAUGCUUUUCAGUACUCUUCGGAGUGUUCGUGCUGCUCUUCAUGCCGGAUUCUCCCAUGACAGCAAAGUGUUUCUCUGAAGAAGACAAGAGGCUAAUGGUUGAACGAGUCCGAGACAAUCGUACUGGUAUUCAAAAUAAGACAUUCCGAAAAUACCAGGCCAUUGAGGCAUUGAAAGAUCCUCAGAUGUGGUGCUACUGCGGAAUUCAACUGUUCACCACUUUGCCGACGAGUGGACUCGGAACAUUUGCCAAUAUCAUCAUCAAGGGAUUCCACUUCACCACACUCCAGACCCAACUCCUCUCCAUGGUCCUCGGAGCAUACAUUAUCUUUGUCCUGGUGUCUUCGAUGUGGCUUGUCAAAAAGACCAAUCAAAAUCUUAUUGUUAUGGCAGCUUACUGCAUUCCGUCUUUCAUCGGCACUAUUGUUCUUAUGACCGUCCAGAACAAGACGACAGCAACAAAAGCCGGCUUACUCAUGAGCUACUAUAUCACACUCUCAUUCUGGGCCGCACAAACUCUCACUCUCUCUAUGAUUUCCCGCAAUAUUGCCGGGCAGACAAAGAAGUCGACGGUUAUUGCGGCCAAUUUCAUUGCUUGGGCUACGGGUAACGCGAUAGGUCCACAAAUUUUCCUGACUCGUGAUGCACCUCGUUAUUUCACAGCAUUUAGUAUUCAUCUUGGAUGCUAUACCCUUCUGGAACUCGUUUUGCUCUAUUUGCGGUUCCACUUGAAGCGACAAAACGAGAAGAAAGACCAACUGGCUAGUGCGGAAGGGGUGGAGUCUGAAGUAGCUCCAGACUUUGAAGGAUUUGAAGAUCUCACGGAUCGGGAGAAUCUGAGGUUCCGCUACGUUUACUAA